GUGAGUGAGUGUGAGUGAGUGUGUGUGUGUGAGGGGGAGAGCGCUGCAGCUCCUGCUGGCCUCACACCCCUCCACGCUGCCGCCAUGGCGGGCUCGCCUCUCAACCACUCCUGGCCUUCCUUCUCUAAGAACUGGAUGAAAAGAUGGUCCUUCAAGAGAGGUUCAGAGUGCAAGCCAGGCAGUGAUCCCUGCGGCGCGGUCGACGGCCCUCUGAGUGCUCAGCCUUCCAGCCCCAGCGAUGCUGGAACGGGGUCCGCCUCUUCCCUGUCCCCGGCCUCCAUCGCAGAGGACGCCUACUUCCCACGCCCAAACUCCGAGGACCAGGAGGACUCCUGCUCUGUGAUCAGCGACUACGACUUCCCCGACGCCGACCAGGGCAGCAGUGGCGAGGACCUGCAGGGCCUGAGCUCAUCUCUCCGAGGCUCCGAGUACUUCAAGGACCUCCAGGGUGGGGUGCCACCUUCGGUGUCCACGGCAACCGCAUCGCCGCGGAGCCAACCGCAGGACCUUCAGCGGCUCCGCCAGAGCAGUCCGGUCGUCGGCUCCGCGGGGACCCCUGAGUGGGACCUGACCUUCGGGGGCCCCAGCGGAACCCCGCCGGGGUUGCAGAACAGCCUGGUGGUCACCCGGAUCUCCCCCGUCCCGGGGCUGUCGCCGCCGGGCAGCGCCCCCGACACCCGUCCCCUUGAGGCCCCCGUCGUGGGGCUCAGUUUGACGAUACGUUUGGAUCAACUUUUGACGGCGAUGGAUCCGGAGAGACCCACGACCGCGGCGGUGUCUUGGGACCUGGUGGGAGCGGGGGGUAUGGGGGGAGAGGGGGGUCUGGUG